CCGAACUAUCAUACCGAAGCGGCAAGAUGGAGACAGCGCGGCUCGUGGCAUUGGUCCAUGGCCUCGCGUAUGGCGCGGCCUUUCUCCUCGCCGUAGUUUCCGUAGCGUACCUGCGGCAGCAGCGCUCCACAGCGUGGCGCGGCAGCUCUGGCGCAGCGCGGAGGCUCAUCUUGCCGUCGUUCGAGCCCAUGCUCUGGGGCUUUGCGGCCGUCUCGGGCAUGUACGCCACGUAUUUUUGCGUGACGCUCUCGUGCGGCUACGCGGGACCGGGACCGGGGCCCUAUGCGUCCGUGUACAACGAAGCGAUCUACCACGGCGAGCACUUUCACGUCGUCUUUGUCGCCUUGUUUCUCUAUCAAAAGAGCGUGUCGGCGCCCGCGAUCUUGCGGACGUUGGUGCUCACGCUGCUGCUACUCGUGUCGCCCAUUGGGCUCAUGGGCCUCGCGAGUGCACUGCGCACGAACCCCGACACGGACGCCUAUGUCUUUCAACUGCAGUACGCGAUCGCCGUACUCGCGCGCUUUGUCCUCGUCGUCCUCUUCCUCCGACUUGCGUGCCGGCCGCUUGCCCGCGCCAACACGACCGUGGUGCGUGAACUCGGUGUCUUUGCGCUCGUCUUCUACGCCCUCGGUGCUAUCUCCACGCAGCUCUCGUAUCACGCGACGAUCGAAGCGAAGCCGCACCUCGCGACAUGGAGCUUGUACGUGCUCAUGACGCGCGCGUGCUGGAGCAUGCUCGCGCCUUUCUUUAUCUGGCGCGUCCUCAUCGCUGACACGGCGCACUGGCGCGGGCUCAGCGUUCGCGCACUGCAUCUUGAUACGCAGCGCGCCAGUAUGCAAGAGGUCAUGUCGGCCGAAGGACUCCACAUCCUCCUUGAGAUGCACCGACGCGACCUCAUUGACUUUGCCCAUCUCGAGUGGCACCACCGGCUCGGCGCUGGUGGGUCAGCAACCGUGUACCGCGGCACGCUGCAUUCGUCGUUGGACGUGGCCAUCAAGGUCUACACGCCGCAAGAAAUUUCGGAAGCGGUCGUCGCAGAGUUCUCGCACGAAGUCGGCUUCUGGGCCGUGCUCCGGCACCCAAACAUCGUCUCGUUCUAUGGCCUCUGCGUGUGUCCGCCCAUGAUCUGCCUCGUCGCCGAGCUCUGCCGCGGCUCUCUCGACGACUUGCUAAGCUGUACGACGCCGUUAUCCCCGCUCUCCCCGCUCGUCGAGCUGUGCUAUAUGCUCGAUGCGGCCCGCGCUGUGGCGUAUCUGCACUCGUUUUCACCGCCGCUUCUGCACCGCGACAUCAAAGCUACCAAUUACCUCCUCGACGCAUCGAACAACCGCGUCAAGUUGUCGGAUUUUGGUGAGUCGCGCGUCGCCGACGUCCAGCUCAUGUCGGUGCGCGGCACUGUCGAGUACAUGGCGCCCGAGAUGAUCGACGGCAAGCGCGGUGCCGCGUCGUACGCGACCGCCUCGGACGUCUUUAGUUUGAGCAUGACGCUUUGGGACAUUCUGCACCCGCGCCAGUGCAAGUACCCGCGCGGCACCAAGAACCACAUGCACGUAUUCACACUCGUUCUGGAUGGCACCCGCCCGCCGCUGCGAGAUACCCUCUCGCCGGUGCUCCGCCAACUGCUUGUCGCCGCGUGGGCACCCGCCGCGAUCGAUCGACCAUCGGCCGCGUCCAUGGUCACCAUCCUCGCCUCUCUGCUCGAGGACGAGACGGCGCGCCUUGCGGUGACCCUCGAGCGCGAGACGACGCUUUCCGGUGCCGACCUCGUUGAUGCCCUUGUCGAUGCCACCCACCUUGGCACGCGCGAUAAAUUUGAAGCCGUCCGCGUCGGCAACGCGCUUCUCGAGACCGGACACCUCCACGAGGUCAAGCACGUGCGCGGCUUUCACAACUCGAGUCGGAUACAGUACACGUGGCAGCCGGCGGUGGCACCGCGACGGUCGUCGCUGCUGUCGUUUGCGCUCGACGACGACGGCAGUUGCAAGUGUGCGCUGCACGGCCAAGGCCUUGGCAUCGCGCGAAAGCGGGCAAAGCGCCGGCACCGACUGUACAAGAAACAACGGUCGGCGGUCGAGAUGCUUUUGGAUCCCGAGACGGACGACGAGACGAUGAUGUGGGGUGACGACGUCGACCUGCGUGACUCGCUGGCGCAGUAAUCGCACCUCCGAGCACUUGCAGCACGGCAGAUAAAGUAUAGAAUAACGGGCUAGCAAACCCAACUUGUUCC